UUUUUAAUAAAUGAAUACAUUUUACAUACAGUAAGUGUAGUUAAUAAUGAGAUUACUUUGAAAGUUGUGAUAAUUGACCAUGAUCAAUUAGCGCUCAAUUGAUAAAUCAUUGCACAAAUUGAGAGAAAUGCCCGAAAAGAAGAGCAAAUGCGAGACAAAGAGCGAUGGGAUUGAAGACAAAUGUGUCGACUCUGAGACCAAUUGUCCGACAAAUUCGGUUCAAAUCAAUGCUUUGAAUCACGAAAGCAGAAGAAGUGCUUUCUCUCCCUAUAGGCCGUCGACUGUCUUAACGAAUCUGCAGAGAGGAAACAUUCAGACACAGACGCCGACCAAUUGGCCCGAAAGGAGUAUUCAUCAGUUAUUCGUUAAGACAGUCGACGGCUAUUAUCAUGUGAUACGAGAAAUGAGAUUAGAGUUUGAUAUCAUUUGCAUUGAGGACUCGGUUUGCAAUAAGAGUCCAGUGGUUCACGUGGAGCACAGACUGGGCCUCGAGAGUUGGUGUGUCCGACAUCUCUAUCACUAUACUUACCAUAAAUUCUUGGACUCCAGAAUCGCUAACAGAAUCGGUGAUGACAGUAUCAAUGAGUGGACGCGAGCCUUACUAUUAAUUAACGGCGAUCUGAGCACCGCGUGGAGCGCCAGAAAAGAGUUGAUAGAAAAGGGUUACCUAAAAGUGUUGUCUGAACUCAAAUUUUCUGAAGUCAUUUUGACGCGAAAACCUAAAUCGGGAGACAAUUUCUCGCACCGUGAAUGGCUUCUCAAAUAUCUCAUGAAAUCCGAGACCAUUUCGGAUGAGUUGAUAACAAAUGAAUUACGAGUGACUUUAGAGGCCGCGAGUCGUUAUAAUCGCAAUUAUCACUCUUGGAGUCAUCGCAUUUGGAUUAUUAAGAAUCUAUUCAAUAAUUCCUAUGAAAAACUCAACUGUGAUUUAGUGAUAACUAAGUGUUGGUUAGAAACGCAUGUUUCUGACUAUAGUUGCUAUCAAUUCCGACAAUUCCUGUUUACAUAUAUUCACAAGAACUUCAUCCCAACGAUUGACGACAAUUCCGAUUCCGUUUCAAACCAA